AAAGUCAACGCACGCUCAUCAGGGCUUCUUACUUGAUGUUUUACUUCAGGAUUGCACAUGAGAUGACCACGAUUUCUGACUCUUAGAAGACUUGAGAUUGCUGUUUUUGGUAUAACAGCGAAGCUCCUUGAUGGGGGACGAACAUCCUUUGACUUGGACGAAUUCCAGCAGCGAAGGUUUAGCGUUCCAAAGAAUUAACACAAAAAUCGCUGAUGAUAUUGUGAUGCUCUUCGUCAUCAUUACGUCACUUGUUGCAGCGGCAUCGGGGGUUAUGGUAAUCUACGGAUUUUGGCGAUCGAAGAGACAGCAUAGACGAUUGCGAAAGGUUGUUUCCAUGGAUACCAAUGAUUUCCUUCUGUAUGCGCAAAUUGCUCAGCAAGAAGUGAGUUCAGCGCCGUGCAAAACCAGUCUGCCGUUUCAGAUGCCUUACAGUGGAAAGAAUACAGCCGGACUAUCAUCCUAUCCAGUCAUUGUUCCAGGGUAUGUCAGAAUUGUACAAAUCACCCAUCCGGCAGCUAAGGAACAAAACUACAGAAAGGGUCACCACAGAAGUGUCGUCCCAAAAACAGAAAACAAAGACGUCAAUAUCCAUUCUAAUAUUCAGAGCUUGCCGAAAUCAACAUCGAGCGCGCCAGCAAUUCUCAGCGGUCUUUGGAAACAGCGCCAUCUGUUAACGGGAAAUAAAGACACUUUAGUUGACUCCUUCACAAUGCUCAAGAAGCCGAUGCGACAGCAGACGGUGCGCGCCUCGCUGUCUGACACGUCACCGAUGAUUGACAGGUCUGUCGACCAAUCAAGUCACGGCAUCUGCGAGGAGUGCGGGUCAGGCACGUCCUCAUUGGCUGGAACUUUUCCCAGGAACAUAUCCUGCAAGCUGUGCAGAGAGAGGGCGGGGAUUCGAGAUGUUAGAAUGCCGACCAAAGACAGACCCGCCCAGGAACCGUCCUCUUUGGCCGUGACCAACGCCAGUUCCCCCGCCUCCACGACCGGGAGGAACACGGUGCUACCCACGGUGACCCCGCCUCCCAAGUCACCAGGCAGACCCAAGCUGUCUACUUUCCGUGACGGUCGGCGGAAAUCAUGCACGCCCGAGGUGCGUGCUCAGCUGGACCCGUUUCGGACCAUGGUCCUUCUCUCAAGCUCAAGUGAAGACCUUACAAGUGACAGUGACUGAUCCUGGAGCAAUACCAUCGCAUCUGAAGGGGUUGGAAGGAUAUCUUAGUAUGUGUCUUAAGUCAACAUGAUCAGAGGUUGCAAGAAAAUCAAUGGACUCGAACAAACCAUGAAAAACAAAACACAUUAUUACUUUUCCUGUUAAAUGUUUUAUUUCAUUUUAUACAGCUCUAAAUACUCCCCAAAAGAAAGCUUUCCAACUAAUCAUGUUUUCAAACUCAGCAUUGAAAUAUUUAUACUUUAACAUACAUUUUACAACAAAAAAGAUCUGCUUAAUUAGUGGCAUCAUUGAUUGUUUGGUAAUUCUCUUGAAAGAUUCAUUUUUAAUGGAAAUGAAAGUUGCACGGAUCAUGUAUUUGAACAUUUAAAAACUGCAAACAAGGGCACAAUAUUUUAUAUCUCUUUAGAAAGACCACGUGAUUGGUCCUUUGGUAACUGAUUCUCAUGCAAAAGUCUGCCUGGAGCAUCAUGUCAGAACCAGUGAAUAGGUAUAACAAACGGCUGCAAUGCAAAGCUAAGGAAAAGCUUUAUAUAAGUACAACUACUAAAGGUCCCAGAAAAUAAAGUCCCUAUAAGUACAGGAUAUAGAUUCGAUGUUAUACCAUAGAGGCCAAUCAAUGUAUCCGUGGUGCACUCAGUUAAAAAAAAAUAAGUCUAAUUUAAAAAUAAGGUCUCCAGAUCAAAGUCGCUUUUUAAAACUUAUUCCUAACCAGUUUUGUGGUGGAAAGUUUUCUUUGGUGAUGAUUGUGAAACAUAUUGAAGAUUUCUGAUCUAAAUUCAAGCAAGCUUGCUCUUCAACAUUUAGAUUUUACUUCUGAAAACAAAAAUGGGGAACGACAGAUUUUCAGUUAGGUAACUGACACUCCUAAUUAGGUUUAAGCAAAGACAAUGUGCAAAUUGAUAAACCAGAAGUGCAAAAUAAAUACUAAGUGAAUUCAACUUUGACCUUUAACCUGCAGUUGACCUCUAGAUUUUAAUCUGGCAAAAAACCCCAAGCUGUGUAUAGCUAUUGUGGAGACCUGUAUGGGUUACUCUGCAUGCCAGCCUACUACUGCAUCAUUUGCAUAAUCAUGCACAUUCAAUUCAAUGAAUAUGCAUGAUAUGAAAAUAUUCCUAAUGUACAGUCACAUUAGGUACGUCUAAAUAUACCGUACAUAUUUCCAGCUUUGAUAACUAUAUCCGCCAUUUAAUUAGGAACUGUUGUUUUCUAAUGCAAAAAUACAAUCUUUGACAAUACGCAAGAAAUCUUUUAAAAUUUUGUGGCUGAUUAUCAACUCAAUAAAACAGCAAAUGAACUCUAGAAAUCUGA